CAUUGGGAUCCGUGACAUGUAAAUGCUGCCCGUGUGAAAGUUUUCCAAACCCCCUCGCUCAUGAUUAAUAGUAUAUCUUCCCAGCUACAUCCUGACACCUGAUCACGGCAACGAACGAUACUGCCAGUGCUGGUGAGUUGAUUGCUACUUCAUGUAAUGAGGCGCAAGGUCGUGCGAACUUGAGAUAACUCCGCACCACAACGAUGGCGACCGCUAGUAUACCAACUGCGAAUACGCAUGCGCAGGCACAACAUAUCGUCGUGUUAGGAGCCGGAGUGAUCGGCCUGACAUCUGCGCAUGUUCUGCAGCGGCGAGGAUACCAAGUGACAAUCGCUGCCCGUGAUCUGCCCGAAGAUGCAGACUCCCCAGCUUUUGCGAGCCCCUGGGCGGGCGCCAACUGGUGCUCAUUCGCUUCCCAUUCUAAUUUCGAGCAGCAACGGUACGAUCAAAUCACCUUUGAAACAUGGACAGAACUCGAAAAGCAUCUUCCGACGGACACGAUAGCAUUGCUUCCAUUUGAGCAGAAUCGAGUACAGGAUCCAGCGUGGUUCAAGCAUGUCACGCCCCACUUUCGACUGGAGCCACUACAAGAGAAAGGGUUCCUACGGGCUACCUUCAAGUCGCACUGCAUCAACGUACCGUCUUAUACGAAGUGGCUCGUGUCAGAGCUAUUGGACCCAGCCUCAAGCAUCGUGCCAACAAGUCCAUUCCUCGACGACCUAGAGAGCCAAGUUCCUUCAAUCAGCUGCAAUGGCAGUCCACAGCUGGUGCCGGUUUCCUUUCAGCGUGUUCCCGAGCUUUCAUCGCUCGCCGAACUUUCGCGGCGAUUUCCAGAAGCAUCGGUCAUUGUCAAUGCAUCUGGGCUAGGCGCCGCCAAGCUCGCAGACGUACGCGACUUGGCAAUGUACCCAAUUGCGGGCCAAGUUGUCGUCGUUCAUGCGCCUAGGUUCCGCACCCUUCCUCAAUGCAAGAUGGGUGCCUUGACCAACACUCCUUCGGCAUCAGAGAGUGUACCAUUUUUUUCUCACACAGUGAAUGGGAACAAAAGGGAAGCGGGCCCAAAAAGCGAUAUUGAACCGACCGCAGAAGAAAAGGCAUUUCCAGAAGUGCCCGUCAGCUAUGUGAUCCCUCGGGCGCAGUCCGGCUUUGUCAUUCUGGGCGGCUCGUACGAGGAAGGCUCGUAUGACACCCAGGUCAAUGAACAACUUUCGCAAACCAUUCUACAGAAUGCAAUACAGCUUUGCCCGGAUCUGCUAUUGCGGCCACCGGAAGAAUACCGACACAGCGAUGGGCAGCCUAUGAUGGAGGACGAACGACGCGAAGUGGAGAUGCAAGAAAUCAGAGCAAUCUGUGCCGAUCCUUCAGCAUGGAAGAGGCUUGAGGUCGUCAGCUCACACGUUGGUCUCCGGCCGGCACGCAAGGCCGGCGUUCGCGUCGAGAUGGAUGAGGUCCCCAUCAAAUCUGAGCGCAGCGCACCAUCGUCAUCCAACGUCAAGGUGGUACAUGCAUAUGGAAUUGGCCCGGCAGGCUAUCAAGCUUCGUGGGGCGUCGCUCACCAAGUUGCGAUGCUCGUGAAGAAGAGUCUCGCGAAGUCUUCGCUGGCAGACUCGAUCGCUAUACUCAGCACCAUCGCCAGCACAUAGAUAUCUGCCACCGGGCCGCCAAGCCCGAUUGAUGAUGCUGCCAGCGCGACAAGGAUUGGCGGAUUCGCAAAUGGACACGAUGGAGAGUCGCGCAAGCAUGCGAGUUCGACGUCCAGCGAAGCGAUGAGUGUGGCGCCUUUGGCUGCACCGGCAGAUGCGAGCCACAAAGUGUGCGACAUCAUCCAAGUGGGCGCUGCGAUGCGCGCCACAAAAGACUGACUCCGAUCAAGAGUCUUAUAAUGCAAUUGUUCUAUACUGUUACACUUCCAUACUAAUGUAGGCGCUCGACAAAACAAAC